AUGGCUUUCUUGCCUCUCAGCUUUGAAACUCACCCCGAAUUCACCACUCUGCCACGAUCCAGAUCUACAAUGAGCCCAGGACGUCAGACCAACCCAAUGAUGCUGCCAUUGCGGGAAGGCACUUCCCCUCACGGCCAGAGGCAUAGACAGAACCCUCCCGGGACACGUGAUCGACGCUCGCCAACGUCCCCGACACAGACGUCGAUGAGGACAUGUUACCCCAUCGACUACCCAGGAAGCGUCAUGUCUAACCACAUGACCAAUGGAGACCUGUACAGCAUGCCGGCAUCUCCCCGUCCGAGGCACCAGCCUUCACCAGACCGGCGAAGCCCUGGAUCUGUACCGCCGAGGCGAAGACGCAGCCCGGAUCACAUCACUCUUCUCGCAAUGGGAUCGUGGAGUAGCCAAAGCAUCCACGACGAUGAUCCCUAUGCAAGACCUGGUCGUGAGAGGAGCAUUAACAGCAUCCACGAUGGCGAUUUCUCAGCCAAGAAUGCGCCGUAUGAUGACUUCAUCCUCUUCCCCGACGAUGCCACAGCAGACACCCACGAGGACUUCACAGCAUGUGCCGAAUCAUCAUUGGCUCCUAGGGCUCCCCGCUUCACCAGGCUUCGUACGCCCGACUUUGCGCCACUAUCGACCGACGUACAGUUCUUCCCCUGCCUCGGCGACGAAGCUGAGCAAGACAGGAUCAACGAGGCCUGGUAUAUUGCCGGUCGGGACGGGGUUAACUCCAAGUUAGAUGGUGCCCUGGCUUACAUGGCGGUCGUAGAGGGACGCAGACGCACGCUUAGAGAGUGA